UGCUAUGAUCCAGUUCUUCUUUUACUCCACAUAACUUAAUCAAAAUAGCCUCCUGUGAACUGUCUAUCUUGGAAAAUUAACCUUUUUACAAGUUUUUAUAGAUAAACUUCGUUUAUCUGAGACAGGAUGUUACUAUCCCCAUAUAAUAAAUGGAGAUCCGUUCUGCUGAAGAAGUGCUGUCCGUGGGAGGGGCCCCGGGCCCGUCCAGGCCACCCUGUUUGGGAUCAUUCCAUCAGGUCGCGCGCGGGUUCCUGCGUGUGAUCCCUCUCAGCUGACGUCAGGAGAAAUGGCGGACCUGGACGGCAGCGACACAUCUCCUCCGGAGUCCCAAGCGUCCUACUCCCAGUAUAAUUCUGAUGAUGGGAGAGCGUCUUCGGCCACCUUUACCGGCUCCCCAGGCUCUGGACAGACCUACACUCCCAGCCUAACUCCGAUUCCAACUUUCCCCUUAAAUCGCCCAGUCACCAGCAACAACCCCAGCAGCUAUGCUGCCACCAAAACAGAUUCAUUGCUUUUCAACAAGAUUGAUGAGAGACAGAGGUUGGCCCGUGAGAGGAGGGAGGAGCGUGAGAAACAGAACGCUGCCAAGGAAGCCCAAUGGCAGGCGCGUGAGGAGCGAGCCCGGCAGCACUAUGAGAAGCUCCAGGAGGAGAGGAAGAAGAAACUGGAAGAACAGCGGAUAAAAGAGGAGAAGAGGCGGGCCGCUGUGGAGGAGAAGCGGCGACAGAAACAGGAGGAGGACAGGGUACGCCAUGAGGCGGUGAUACGUCGAACGAUGGACAAAGGUCAGAAAACCAGGCCGAAGAGCAACCGCUGGUCCUGGGGGGGAGCAAUGCACCCAAACACCACCAACACAACAACUGAUGCUGGCAGACGGUCAGUGUCCACGGUAAACUUAUCCAAACAUACAGACUCCAUCAUUACAAAGCGGCUUUCCUCUUCGUCUGCAACACUUCUGCACUCACCUGACAGAGGUUUACAGACGAGAACAACCUCCUCCCCAGUUAUAAGCAAAGCUCAGUCCAAACCCCGCCUACAUCCGGGGAAGAGCCCACAGCAGAAAAACACAGGGCUGCGCCGCCUUCCCCUGACGCUGUGGGAGAGCAAUGUGGUGAACCGCCUGCAGCAGCCAACACACUCCUACCUGGCUCGCAGCCGCAGUGCUGUCAGCCUGUCUGGAGACCAAGCGGCCAUGCCUGUGUGUCCUCGCUCAGUUUCCUGCCACCCUUCGAGCUCCAUGUCCUUCAAGGCCCUGCAGAGCCAGCCUCUGCCUCACUGCCGCAGCCAGGAGAGGAGCUUCGGCAGAGAGAUGGCCUCCCUGCCCUCCGCUGCCCCGCGCAGGAGGACCACCGGAACUGGACAGCAAAGGGAUCGAGACCAUGUUAGAAAAUCAUGGAGCAACCUGUCACUUCCUCUGGUUCCUGUUCUGACGUUACCUCCCAGAAACCUCACAACUUCCACAAGCAAAAAAAACAGCAAAACGGCGCCCUCUGCUGGCAGACCUCCUCAGAAGAGUCCAGGACGCCCCCCAACGCCCAAACUUUUGAAGUCUCCGAGGGCAGAGGACCCUGGAAACCUUCGUCCAAUCAGGAUUACACCGGACAGUUCUCAACCCACAACCCCGACCAAAACCCAACAUGAAGAGGAGGAACAGUUCCUCAGCCCUCCUCAGCCUCGGCCUCAACCGCUGGGUCAAAACAAGACUUCCAGUGAGCAGAUGCAAACCACGCCCACAGGAGCCGGCGAGAGCUCAGGCUCUCCUCCAUCUUCCAAACCCUCAGCAGGAACCACAGACCCAGAGGAGGCGAGUCGCAUCCUCGCAGAGAACCGGAGGCUGGCGCGUGAGCAAAGAGAAAAAGAGGAGGAGGAGCGAAGGCAACAAGAGGAGCAGGCCAGGUUAGCCAAGGAGGAGAUGGCUCGCCGGAAGGCUGAGGAAAAAGCCCGCAGAGAUGAGGAGGCACAGCGGCAGGCAGAGGAGAGGAGGAGGAAGGAGGAGGAGGAGAGAAAGGCAGAGGAAGAGAGGCUGCAGAAUGAAAGAGAGGAAACUCUGAGACUCCAGAAACAGAAAGAGGAGGAGGAGUCUCGACAGAGGGAGGAAGCUGAGCGUCUGAGGCAGGAGAGGGAGAAGCACUUCCAGAAAGAAGAGGCUGAACGCCUGGAGAGAAAGAAGCGUCUUGAGGAGAUCAUGAAGAGAACGAGGCGCUCUGACACAACAGAAAAGAAAGUCAGAAAUGGAGAGAGUGCAGUGACCGUAUCCCAGACGCAGAAAAGUGACGCCAACAGCCUCAACCCAAACCAGAGCACUGCAGCACUGAGUCAUCCCGACCAGAGGGAGAACGGGGGGUUUGAGGAGGUGAUUGAACUGCCUUCGCAUUCCAGGCUGUCUCCUCCUGAAGGACAGGAGGAGCAGCAGCAGUCCGAGGAGAGAGUUCCUGUCGUAGCCUUCACUGAGAACGGCCUCCUGAAGCCCCUGAGUGGAGUAGAGGACAUUUCAGCCCAGCAGGGACCAGAUGUUGCCUGAUGCAUUGUGGGAACUCGACGCUUCCACACCCAGAGACGAGAGAAGAGGUCAUGAAAAUCUGGGAGGUGUUGAAUGAAAGGAAGGACUCGCAGCACCAGAUUCAGACCUCGUCGCUCCCUGACACGAGCGAGCACCACAUUCACUUCCCAAAGACGGCGUCUCCAAAGAUCUCCUUGAAAAACACUCCUGAGAGAGAAGUCAUUUUCUCCUCAGCAAAUCCUCCGGGAGGAGCCGCUCGUCUGUUCUGACCACCGCGGCUUUGGGUCAUGUUUGGUCACGCAGCUCCAAACCUGCAGGAGAACACUGAACUCCUUUCUUUUCUGAGAGGACAAACGCCUGAUAACAAUGUAAACAGAUUGUCUAAAAUGUCUUUAGCUCUGAUACUUGAAGUAUUCUGUUGCUCUUUGCUUACUUUUCAAAUCUGCAACCUAACUUUAGAGCUUUAACCUUUACAUGGAAUCCAGAUUUGUUCUCUUCAGCGUUUCAUUUUCAAGCAUCAACACACCCCUCAUAGAGUUGCAGAACAGAUGGGAUUGAGGCUCAGAUAUAAUAAUGAGACUACUUGAAAGUGUCACAUUGUUAAUGUUGUCUACAGUGUUUAAACAUAGAUGUCUUUUGGGGGUGUCACUGGUGCAUUUAUGAACUUUAGUUGGAUUCUAAAACACUGAUCUCUCAGAAUUAGGGUGUAAACUUCAGAUUUUUGUUUAGGUUUUAUUUAAUUUAUGUACAGAUAACAUGAUUCCUUUCUUUCUGUUCAGAUUUAGAGAAAAGCAUUCUUUGGCUUUAAGCUUCUUUCAUUAAUUUACUCGUGUUCCAUCAGUGCUGCAUCCUCUCACUGGGACUCUUUGCUUGUACUGUAGCUGGUGCAAAAGGAUUACAUUAUUAGUACUGCAAGUGAUGUGAUCUAAUUGGAUCUUUUGAAUAAGAAAUGCUGCUAACGUUGGAUUUGCCUUACUGCUUUGAAGGAGCAACUUUCUCUCAGCACUAAAGUAAAGACAUGCAUUUCUCCAGAA